GGAUUCCUAUCAUUUUUGGAAAAUAUGGCGUCAAUGAGAAAAUAUGGAUAGUAAGGCAGGUGCUAAUGUAGAAUGAGUUUUACCUGGAUUAAAAAAACGCAUGAAUUUGCAUGGUACGAAUUAUUUUAUCGCCUAAAGAUGAAUGCCUUUAGCUAUGCAACAAGUUAUUGCUGGUGAAAUGGGUCUAGUAGCGAAUAUCAUCCACUGAGCCAGUUAUUCAAAGAAUCAAAGUAUCGACGAAGUCAUUACGUAACGGAACUAGGUCUGACAAUAGAGAACCACGGACCCCAUUAUUUCGACACUCUGUGGUCAGGAUAAUAACAACAUUAUUAUAAUGACUGAUGAAACCUACCAUUAUAGUGCAUAAUUAUCGAAAUGUUACUAAAUAUAAGUUCUUGAGGCGUAAUAAGUACUUAAAGUUGUAUAAUGGGUGAUAUUUUUUAUGAAUAAAGGGAGUGAGUUUCUAUAGAAACUGUGAUGCUGGCGUCGGCGUGGGGUAAUUUAAGAUAAUUUGUUUUCAUCAACUGAGUUGUCAAUGUAAAUUGGCCACCGUAAAGAGUUUCUAAAGCUAACGUUUCCAGCGUCAACCCUUCGUCAGCCGUCAGCAUUAGCUCAUGUUCUAUAAUAUACGAAAAGUCUUGAUGUUCCUCAGUUUCCUGGACUAGUUCUUGAUGAGCAAAAAUGAAAGUGGCCGGCCCUCUAGAUCUCUUUUCAUCACGGUAAUUCUCUGAAAAAACCAUUGGUUUGAUGCCAGCAGAUGAACGCAAAAUUUCGAACUUUUUGAAUAAAUGUUUCACAUCGUUUAAUAAAUGUUUUAUUAAUAUGAAACUAUCUAUUUGCGGUGGAAACUUUCCGUUAGUGAUAUAAUUUACGAUUCAAUGCGUUCUGUUAGAAAAUUCCGGUCUGGUUUCGCGGAGGUCGUUUAUCAACAGCUCCAACAGUUUUUGGCUUUAAGUCAAGUUUUAUCCUUUCUAGUAAUGAGAGAAACAUGAGAACCGCUGUGAUAAAAAAGUAUUACAGAGUAAUUCCAUAUGAUUUAGAUUUGGUGCAAUUGUAGACGUUAAGAGAUUUUAAGACACACACUAGGCAUCAUGGAGGUAAUACACCGUGGCUUUGAGGGGGUGUUUAUUAAUUAUUGCCCAACGGAUUUUCCAGUGUUUAGUGAAAAACAAAGACUUACGGUUCGUAUAAAGAUCAAGCUUUGGGGAACAUAAUAGACACAACCACUUGGAAGGGGAGGGUAGGGCUCCUUGGAGCGUGAACCCCAUAGCGUUGUUUGACUCAAAGGGAUGUAGAAUCUAGUGGAUUUGUUUUGUCUUUGACACAAUAAAUGAUUGUCACGCGGUCUUAAUCUUGAUAAAAUCCAACUACAAAAGACUGUGUGUCUGUUCACGUGUAUCUGUUAUAUCCAUGAUCGGUUAUGCAUAAAUCACAUAUCAGUUGCUCAUUGGUGGCAAAUAUUACAUUAACGCAAAUGUUAUAUUGUCAUUGAACAACAAGGCGCACGCUGAGCGAAAUAGAGUCUUUCAGGAAGUGAUCCAGGAAAUGGCUUAAUCGCCUGGCGAGAUUCAUUGAACAGUGUGCAAAGGAUUAAUUACGAUACUUUCUUGACAGUUUUUUUACGUACUUUAGCUGCGUACUUUGUUCCGUUGUCUAAUUAGCUUUGCAAAGUAGUGCGCUCGGCUUGUAUAUUCGGAGAAAGCACUUUAUAAUCUACUUUUAGGCUAUUGUGCUGUUUUGAGUCUGUUUAUCAUUGACUGCGUACUUUUAUUGUGUGCCUAAUCCAUGCAAAUAAGUUUUAUCCAAGCAGUGGAGGUUUUACUUAGAUCUGUGGUAAAAAGUGGUUUCUAGGUUAAAGUUAAACCGCGAGUUUUAUAUGAUUUUCGUGUGCUGAAACUCUUCAUAAGAAACUUGAAGCUCUUCUCCAGACAAACUGACCAAAUUGCCCUAGUCACGCCCGACCCAUUCGGCCCACGGGAGUACUCAGAGUCAGUCUCCGUUUUCUCGCACAGUCGUUUAGUGUAAACCUCGUGGACUUCUGCUUCUGGCUAUCGACAUUUUCAGCGCGGAGGAUUCUAAAUCAAAAUCAGUGAGUCUCUUGUUUCUCAAAGCAUCUUUCGUUUGUCAUUGCUUUUCGUUUUCGCCCCGAAUACAUGAAAACGAUUUACCCACAUCUGAUUUGAUUGUCUCGAUUGCGCGACGGUUUUUCUUAAUUAGAAUAACUAGCCAAGUGUCUUAUUCUUUAUUCUGAUCAGUAAUUACUGUGUAUUGUAAAUAGAUAGCUGUACUAAUACUACUGUAAACUUAUGCUUCCUUAUCUGUUUGAACAAGGCUUGUGUUCUGCUCAAAACACUGAUUGUGCGCGAUUGAUUCAGUGUCACACAAACAAAAACAGUUGAUGUGAUUCUCAGACAUAUUAUGUCUCUGCUUACGCAGUGAAUCAAUCUGGAGACGCCACCCCACGGUCUGAAUCAGUGCCGGGCCUUUUUAGAAAUACUAAGAGUCUUGAAGGUAUUUUUUGAUUGAAAAAAAAGUUUUCUGCGAUACAUGCAGGCUUUUAACUUUCCUUUAUGGCGCUCAACAGUAGCUCGAAAAAGCAGCCGAAUGACACAAAAAACAGAUUCAGACAAUUCAUAUGUUUAAAGGCGAUAUUUUUGUACCAAAACCCAAUGAACAUUUUCUCAGUCGUCGAAAAAAACAGUAAUCAUUUUAGCGCAUUCCUAAGCAUAUGGAAGAGUUUGCAAUCGCAGGAAUGUAAAAAUAAAGAGUUCGAGGCUACGUGAAGGUCUUUUAAGUGGUGUACUGUGGAAGGGUGGGUCUAUGGGGUUGCUGUGUGAGGCUUAACACUUACAUAAGUAUAGUAUUCAACCACUUUAACGAGUGACAAGUGUUAUCCGAAAUAUGGCGCAAUUGUUUUAUUCGACCUGUAAGGACGUUAGAAUUAAACCACGUACCCUCUUUGUGAAGUAUUCAUUUGUUAUUUACCUUUGACUAAGCGGUUCAUUGAGCUGUCAGCUUUGGCCAAAUCAUUUUGCACAGCAGGGGGCAAGGUUCUGACACGUGAGUCCUCUAAUACAAAGGUUUUACAGUUUUCCCGUUCUCAUGUUCAAAAGCCAUUUCUCCAAAGAGAACCUUUGAAUUGUUAACUAAAUGGUCCCUGUUUAUCUUUUAUAGAUAAACCGAGCAGAAAUAUGGCGUUGGAGUUAAUAGUUCUUGCAGCGCUGGUCAUAACCGCUGCCCUCUUAUACAGUGUACUUUCACAUCGAAUGGAGAACCCAAAACUCCCUCCUGGUCCAGUUCCUCUCCCAAUCAUUGGCAACAUGCUUCAAAUGGGAACAAAACCGCAUCUUGGCCUAACGAAACUUGCAAAGAAGUUCGGCAAGAUAUUUCGACUUACUGUCGGGAUUCAUCGGAUAGUGGUUGUGAACACCAUCGAUGUUGCUCGUGAAGCACUCGUAAAGAAGGCCAACGACUUUGCAGGCCGACCGCGACUUUACACGGCGGAUCUCAUUUCCCGAGGAGGCAAAGACAUUGCAUUUAGUGACUUUACCCCCACAUGGAAAUUGCAGAGAAAAAUAGCGCAUUCCGCGCUGAAAAUGUUUGGGCAAGGUAUCAAGCCCAUUGAGGAGAAAGCAUGUCAGGAGAUUAACGAACUUAUCAAACGGUUUGAGUCGGUCGAAGGGCGCGCGCACGACCCUCAACAUGACAUCAUCUUGGCUGUGAUAAACAUCAUCUGCGCAUUCGUGUUCGGUUCGCGCUAUGAUUUGGAUGAUCCUGAGUUCUACACCAUUCUCCACUACAACGAGCAGUUUGUUCAAGGAUUCAGAGCUGGAAAUCUGGUGGAUUAUUUUCCGUGGUUACGCCACUUUCCUAGUAAGGGGGUAACACUCAUCAAGCAGGCUGUCAAAGACCGCGACACCAUCUUACAGAGGAAGUUUGACGAGCAUAAGAACACGUAUCAAGAUUGCGUGACGCGUGACCUCACUGAUGCCUUAAUUAAAGCCAUGCACGAGUCUCAUGCUGAAAAUCCCGGAAGGUCAUUACCAAUAUCCGAAGAUCACGUGGUUUUAACCAUGAACGAUAUCUUCAGCGCAGGCCUAGAGACCACCUCCACAUGCGUGCUGUGGGCGCUUGCGUAUUUAGCUCUGAAUCCUAAAGUGCAAGAGAAAAUCCAUCAAGAAUUGGAUGACGUAAUAGGGAGGGAGCGCCUGCCAGAAAUGUCAGAUAAGCCAAACUUGCCAUAUUUGGAGGCUACCAUAUAUGAGGUGUUGCGUUACAGUUCUCUGGUCCCGUUACUGUUCCCACAUUCAACAACAACUGAUACGAAUCUCAAUGGAUUUGACAUUCCUCAGAACACUAUUGUGCUCUUCAAUGUCUGGGCUAUGCAUCACGAUGAAAGGGAAUGGGACAAGCCACAUGUAUUUGAUCCUUCACGUUUUCUAGAUGACGAUGGCAAACUUAUUUGCCCUGGAACUCUAAGUUAUCUGCCCUUUUCGGCCGGACGACGCGUGUGUCUGGCCGAAUCACUCGGGAAAAUUCAACUUUUCCUGUUUAUUUCUCACUUAUUACACAAGUUUCGCUUUAGUGUUCCACACGACUCAAAGGCCCCGGAUUUGGAAGGAAUCUUUGGUGCCAGUUUAUGUCCCAAGCCUUACAGUCUAUGCAUUGAGAGACGCUACUAGACUGGCACUAUCUGAACAUGAAUCGACGUGAACCGAAGUGAACAUUCUGGUUAUAAAUUCAGAUGGUUCCAUUUAUCGCUUGAAUAUCAAUGAUACAUCGCUUGAUCGGUAACAGACAAUCGGUGUUAGCCGGGAAAGAUUGACUAUUUGUCACGGUAUUUACUUAUCUGAAAGUGACACAAUUGAUACGUCAAGUAACGCAAAUUUUCACAACACGAGUCCAGAUGGAUCUAAAUAACGAACAUCUCUGAUCGAAUACUUGAUCAGUCGGAACUAAAAAUCAAUGCAGAACAUACAUUAAACUUUUGUGACUGUCUAUUUAUUAACCUCGAAUGAGAAAAAAGUGAAAGAAUUCCUCUAAAAGUUUUCAAGUAAUUUAUUACCAGAAUAGCAUAAUAACCAAACACAUGACAAAUAUAAUUCAUGUAUAUCGUGAUGCCAAAUUUUGGCAAAUUUUCAGGACGAAUUGGGUUUUUCAAUGAUAGAAAACAAGAAAACUGCGUGUAAACUGACCAAUACAGUCAUGUAUUCAUCUUGGGAGAGAAAAAAAAAACUGACUAACUACUCAAGUAGACAAGCAUCAAACUUUAAGAUUGUAUUCCUAUAAAACAAAGAAAGUUUGAUUGCAAAGUAAGAAUGAAUAUAUAUUCCAAUAAUUUAUCUCAACAAUUCAGUACGCCAAGAAAUUAGUAACAUAAUCUUUUGAAUCCUUCCUCAUUUCAUUGAAUUUUGGUAAAUGUCUUCGUCCCAAUUGACAUUUUCAUAAAUGUAACAGUGUUGUAGUUUUGUAUUUUAAAAGAAUCUGACGGAUAAAAGAUACUUCUUUAAUUAUGUAAAGGUUCCAAGUUGUUAUAGCCACAUCAAGUGAAGACUUAUUGUUGGUUACUUUUUAAGCACUCUGCUGAAAAUCACUGACUUCCUUAUACCAGUUCAUGGCAUAGUGAGGCAUUGUACAAAUAGUGCAGUCCAAGUGAGUUUAAAUUCCUUGAGGACAAGAGUAACUGAAAUAAACUUUUUAUAUAUGUU